CCAAAGAUGAAGUUAGAAUAUCUCGGAUAAAAGUAACUUCCGAUGUUUAUAAAAAGCCUUUGGUGGUUUUAUUUGUUAGACACGAUUCUCACAGGGAGCUUUAUUUUGAAGUGUGAGCCCGGAAGUGAUGUUUUCCUCUGGUGAAGCGGUCUGAACCGUGAAGCUCAGAAAUCGAUCUGUGACCAACCAGCAGGUAGUUUAUCAACGAUGGGACCGACAGGUGAGGUGGUGUUUGACAGCCCGGUGCUGGUCUGCUCUGAGAACCGGCUGCAAUGGGACCUGAACCCAGAGAAGAUCCAGCAGCUCACCGACGAGCUCAUCACCAACACCAAGAAGGUGUACGACUGCGUGGGAGCACUGGACCUCAGCAGCGUCAACUUCGAGAACACGUUGAAGGCCCUCGCCGACGUGGAGGUCGAGUACACAGUCCAGAGGAACAUGUUGGAUUUCCCGCAGCACGUGUCGUCGUGUAAGGAGGUCCGAGCCGCGAGCACCGAGGCCGACAAACGUCUCUCAGAGUUCGACGUGGAGAUGAGCAUGAGGGAGGACGUCUACUUGAGGAUCGUCGCUCUGGAGAAGAAGAUCGAUGCUGGAAGCCUCACUGCGGAAUCGAAGCGUUACAUGGAGCGACUGAUCAAACUGGGCAAGAGGAACGGUCUCCACCUGCCCACGGAGACACAGGAGGAGAUCAAAACCAUCAAGAAGAAGCUGAGCAACCUGUGUAUAGAUUUCAACAAGAACCUGAACGAGGACACCACCAGUCUGUCCUUCACCAGAGACGAGCUGGGCGGCCUCCCCGAGGACUUCCUCAGCUCACUGGAGAGCGAUGGGGACAAACUGAAAGUGACUCUGAAGUAUCCUCAUUACUUCCCCACCAUGAAGAAAUGCUUCAUCCCAGAAACCCGCAGGAAGCUGGAGGAGGCGUUCAACUCCCGCUGCAAAGAGGAGAACUCUGUGAUCCUGAAGGAGCUGGUGGAGCUUCGGGCUCAGAAAUGUUCUCUGCUCGGCUUCAGCACACACGCCGACUUUGUCCUGGAGAUGAACAUGGCCAAGUCUGGAAAGAAGGUGGCCGGCUUCCUGGAGGAGCUGGCCUGUAAACUGAAGCCUCUGGGCGAUGAAGAGCGGGAGGUCAUCCUCAAACUGAAGGAGAAGGAGUGUCAGAAAAGGGGCCUGCCCUUUAACGGAGAGCUGCACGCCUGGGACACACGCUACUUCAUGACCCAGGUAAAGACUAACGUGUUUUUCGUCCCCUGUGACUCUGCAGGUCUGUUUAACCUGCGGCAGAUCGUCUUGGCUAAAGUGGACCAGGCUCUUCACACCAGGAUGGGACUCGACCCUGCGGAGGAGUACGGACGCCUCUGUCAGGAGCUUCUGGGAAUUCCUGCUUCAUCAGGAACCAACAUGCCGGCGACCUUCGGACACUUGGCCGGCGGCUACGAUGCUCAGUACUACGGUUACCUGUGGAGCGAGGUGUUCUCCAUGGACAUGUUCCACGCUCGCUUCAAACAGGAAGGAAUCAUGAACCCAAAGGUGGGUAUGGACUACAGGAAGUACAUCCUGCGUCCCGGCGGCUCUGAGGACGCCUCAGAGAUGCUGAGGAAGUUCCUCGGGCGGGAACCCAAACAAGAAGCGUUCCUGCUGAGCAAAGGACUGACGUUAGAGCAGCGCUGGCACGCCGUGUCCAUGCUGACCAAUCUCAGCAGCUGGCUCCGCCCCACAGAGAACAACGGACUGAGGUUUUCUAGAAAAAAAUUGUAAAAUGUUUCCCGACAUGGAAAAAACGAGUUGAAUAAAAUGAUUUGAGGUGA